AUGAAUAUGUUGGAUGAUGAAGAUGACCAAAGCUUUCACGCUACGCGUGACGGCUACUCCCAUUUGAGCGAUGUCGAAUGGGAUGCGGUUGAACGAAUGGGUUCGACCAUGGGCAUCCAUGCUGUUAGCGUCAUGCUAGAGGCUCUCAAUAGAGAUGCCCAACAUGCUACUAUCGCCAAGUUCAUUCAAAAUGAACUUGACGCAGAACGCGAGAAAGUAGCCUUGCUUCACCAACAAGGUUCUCAACAAGCAGAGUUGUUAAGAGAACAGGGUGCUCAGCAGUUUGAACUGUUGAGACAGCAGCAGGCUGCUGCUGGUGGGUCGAUGCACUCGCGUCGACCCGAAACCUUGAAGAUUGACAUCUCCAAGUAUAGGGGGGUCGAAGAAGACUCCCUCUUGAGAUGGUUCGUCGAAUUGGAUGACGCCAUAAGGGCGCGUCGCAUCGACGACGGGGAUAUGCAAGUUGCAAUUUGCCCAGUCAAAUCUGGCAGGACGUGCCAAGACUUGGGCACUGGGGCUCAAGUUGCACGACCCAUAUGCGUUUGGGUCGUUGGAAGUCUUCAAGUCGCGGCUCAGACAAACGUUUGA